CAAAGAUCGUACUUGCUCUAAAAUAAUUUCAAUUGUUGUCAUUUCCUUCCACUCGUAUUUCUUCCCUUUUUCACAUCCUCUCCAAGCUAUCCAUCCCAUCAUCCUUCUCACCCAUCCCGGUUUUAGCUAAACAUUGGGCUAUUUAUCUAUACUCUUUACUACUACACACCUGAUUCCGCAAUAACGUCAUUCACCAUGAAGCUGGCUCUGGGAACGGCCCUGGGCUUGCUCUGCUCGUCUGUUCUGGUGACAGCCCAGACUUACACAGACUGCAACCCGCUCAAGAAGACUUGCCCUGCAGACACUGCCCUUGGGAAGGCCGACCAGAAGUACGAUUUUACCUCCGGCUUAUCUUCCGAUUUCGCUACCUCGGGAACCGUCACCUACGAUAGCACCAACGGAGCCACUUUCACAAUUUCCAAGAAAGGCGAUGGACCCUUGAUCCAGUCGGGCUGGUACAUCAUGUUCGGCAAGGUCGAGUUCACCAUCAAGGCGGCGUCCGGAACGGGCAUUGUUAGCAGUGCUGUGCUGCAAUCUGACGACUUGGACGAAAUCGACUGGGAAUGGCUGGGUGGUAAUAAUGCUCAGGCGCAGACGAACUACUUCGGAAAGGGGGAUACCAGCAGCUACAACCGUGGUGCUUACCAUGCCAACAACGGCAAUCAUGACGAGUUCCACACCUACUCGGUCGACUGGACAAGCUCUCAGAUUGUGUGGGCUAUCGACGGCACGACGGUUCGCGUCCUCACGCCCGCUACCGCCGACACCAACCAGUAUCCGCAGACUCCGAUGAUGAUCAAGGUCGGUGUGUGGGCUGGUGGCGAUUCGGACAACUCUCAGGGAACAAUCGAUUGGGCUGGCGGUUUGACCGACUACAGCAAAGGUCCCUACAAAAUGUACCUCAAGUCGAUGACCGUGACCGAUUACUCGACUGGAAACUCAUACAGCUACGGCGAUCAAUCGGGCUCGUGGGAAUCCAUCACUGCCAAUGGAGGCAAGGUCAAUGGCAAUAGCGCCGAUGAGCCGACCUCCACCCAGUCGGCACCCCUUAUUACUGCAACGGUGGACAGUGUUCCCGUUCCGUGGAGCGGCACCCACCGAGAAACCUCCAGUUAUGUCACCCCCAAUGUCUGGCCCUGGGUUGCCACCGGCUCGCCGACGGCGUCCACUGGCCUCCCCAGUGGCUGGGAAUCUGGCUCCGGGCAGAUUCAACCGCCCGGUGGGGGUUCAGUGAGUGAGCACUGCCUUAUACCUACCAGCACACCCUUUGUAUCAAUCGCUAAGAUCAAAUCUCUUUCCUCGCAGUCUACCUUCCGAUCUACAUCAGUGCCAUUGGCUUCCUCGUCGGUUGUCUCUUCCCGUUCUGGGCCUGAAACACCGUCUUCGAGUGUGACUCGACACGCACCGACUACCUCGUUGAGUACCACCAAGACCCAGCACCAACAUACUGAAUAUUGGGAGACCGACACAGCGACGACCCUGGUGUCCUCAGCCAAAGCUACUGCCACUCGUACUAUUGCCCCUUCGGUUGGCGGAGGGGUCAGUCUGUACCAGUCUCCGCCUGCGCUGACUAUGAGCAUCGUCUGUGUGCUGCUCGGUGGCAUCUUCGGUUUGCUCUGAAACACACUUUUUUUUGGCAUUGUUGAAUUGUAUUAUUAUUAUUGAUGAUGGGAUGAACUAGACACGGCGUUAACGACAUACAUUUUACCCGACCCCCAGCGAGCCAUGUCGCUGCCUCCACUUUGAUUUGUUUUUAUUGCUCAUCAUGAUAGAGGGAUGCUGCAUAUUGGCGCUUAUGACCCUUUGAGCUUUUCUUUCUUGUUUAUGGUUAUUGUCCCUUUAUUUACAUACCAAAGAAGUGACGAAUGUUCUGCCUAGCGACGCGAUCGGCUUCGCCCGCUUCCAUGUAUAUUACCCUUGGCAGUGUUGAUAGGUUCUUUAUGAAUUAUAUGAGCUUGAUGCGAUGAUGCAAAUCUCGACCGAGCUGUUGAACACACA